CUCGUCUUUCCUGAUUUCCCAAAGUUUCGACCGAACUUAUCACCCAAGCAAGUUCUUCGCAUGGGGUCUUUCGGCGGGACGUACUUCAGGCCGAUCAAGUCUUCGGUAACUGGAAAGUCGUACCGCGACCAGUGGAAGGAGUUUCCCGCGGGUAAGUUGCUGCAGCAUCCACGGCGAGUGAGACUACUUGAAGACGAGAUGGAACAAGAUAUGUGUGCUCUUGUAAUUUCUGAUCGGUGACGUACUGACCGCGCGCGGCUGAAUGAGAGCCUACCGUCCGAGGCCGGGGUGCUGGCAAGUCUCCACAGCAAGAUUAAUGCAAUCCAAGUGUUCCGUUUUCGAUCGCAUGUGUCUUGACGACCUUCGGACGUGCUA